AAAUAUAUGCGUGAGGCUAUGUGCUGAAGAACAAUGUAAAACGUACCUGAAUAAUGGCCCAAGGUUCUGCUUUUAUAGGAGUAGGUAGUGUACUCCUAGUAGGAUUGUGUUGGUUGGAUGUUUUAAUCCAAGAGAAUUUCUAUUAUAAAGAGUGUCCUACUUGUGAUAGAAUUGUUUGACAAGUGGUGUCAGGUUUGGUGUAGAAUCCUUGGGUGCUUAGGUUUGUUAGUUAGGCACCUAGGUCUAGGAGGCAUGUUGGUGGUGUAUGUCUCGAGGACUAUUCUCGAGGUUAUUGAGAGAAUGUAAAUGUGUCCUCGAGGUAUCUCGAGGACUAUGAUAUCUCGAGGACUUAGGAUGACCCCGAGGACCAUAGAAGAGAAAUGAGGUAGGGGUAUAUAUUGAGUCCUCGGGGAUAUACUCCUCGGGGUAUAUCAAUAUUGGCAUAGUCAGUCGGAAUGUUUAAUGAUGAAAAAGAAAUUUUUGAUUUUUACAAAAGAUAUGCAUACAAUGUAGGCUUUUCGAUUAGGAAAAGAAAUUCACAAAAAGAUGAUGAUUGAAAUCUGAGAUAUGUUGUGUUUACAUGUAGCCGUGAAGGCCAAAGGAAUAGUAACACAAGUGGUUCUUUGAAGCCGCAAGCUACCAUUCAAACAGGUUGUAAAGCCAGACUAAUUGCUUCCGUAGAUGCAUCUAGAGUAUGGAAAAUUAAAACGGUUAGUCUUGUUCACAAUCAUAAAACCAGUCCUUCGAAUUCGAGGUUGUAUCGUUGCAACCGAGAAUUGAGUGUCCAUGUGAAAUGAUGGCUUGAAGUAAACGAUAUGAUAGAAAUUCCGUUGCAUAAAAGCUACAACUCCGCAAUAGUAGAAGUCGGGGGAUAUGAUAAAAUAACUUGCAUCGAAAAGGAUUGUCGAACUUAUGUCUAACAAGUGAGGCGGUUAAGACUUGGAGAAAGUGAUGCUGCAGCAAUAUAGGCCUACUUUUCGAACAUGCAAGCAAGAUGUUCAGGUUUUUUCUUUAGUAUGGAUUUAGAUGAGGAGUCACGACUGAAAAAUAUUUUCUGGGUAGAUAAUAGGAGUAGGUAAGCAUAUAAGGAGUUUGGAGAUGUUACAACAUUCGAUACGACGUACCUAACUAAUAAAUAUGACUUGCCUUUUGCACCUUUCGUUGGAGUUAAUCAUCAUGGACAAUCAACACUCCUUGGUUGUGAUUUGGUGUCAAAUGAAAAUACAGAAACAUUUGUGUGGUUUUUCAAGACUUGGCUUCAAUGCAUGCACAGACAAGCCCUCAGCGGUAUUAUUACCGAUCAAGACAAGGUCAUGCAGAAUGCUAUUGAGAUCGUGUUCCCAAACACGAAACCUAGAUGGUGUUUGUGGCACAUAUUGAAGAAGUUGUUAGAGAAGUUCGGAUACCACGAGGAUAAGGGUGAGAUAUUCUCUGCUAUACACGUACUGGUGUAUGAUACUAACAUUGUUGCAAAAUUUGAAUAAGGUUGGAGUGCGAUGAUAGAUAAAUAUAACUUGCACGACAAUGACUGAUUGUCGGGAUUGUACGUGAAUAGAGGCCAUUGGGUACCUUGCUAUUUAAAAAGCAGCUUUCGGGCGGGAAUGUCAACAACGCAGCGCAGUGAGAGUAUGAAUGCGUUAUUCGAUGGGUAUGUGCACUCAAAGACAUCAUUGAAGCAAUUUGUCGAAUAAUACGAGUGAGCGUUGGGAAAUAAGGUAGAAAAGGAGUUCUAGACAGAUUUCAAGCCUUUCUCGCAAAUGGUACCAUGUGCAAAAACUAAUGUAUACCAUUUCAAAAUUUAAGGAAGUUCAGAAUGAGUUUAUUGGGAAGAUGUAUUGCAAUCUCAUAUCUUCGUCAGAGGGUUUUUCAAGGACGACGUAUGAGGUCAUAGAGGAUAUUAUACUUGACAAUCGAGUUAAGAAAAGUAAGUUUUUUGUCACAUUCGAGACAAAAAACUGUGAAUCGUAUGUACUUGUCACCUCUUUGAGUUUCGAGGAAUAAUUUGCAGAAUGCGAUCGCUGUACUUCUCCGUAAUAACGUCACUUCCCUGCCCGACACAUACAUAUUACGAAGAUGGAGAAGAGAUGUGAGUAGAGCGCACACUAGGGUCGCAGUGAAUUACGAUGGUUUAAGUAGCAGUCCUGCCCAGUCGAGAUAUGACAAAAUGUGUCAAUUAUUUGCAUCACUUGUGAACAAGAUUGCAGAUGAUGACGAGGAAAGCCGUGAGGUAAUGGAGUGGAUGGAACACAAAAUCAAAUAGUAAAGACGACGAGGUCGAUUUCUGGAAGUAAUAACAUGUCCUUGCAAGCUUUCCAUACAGCGUUGGAUGAUGGAGCAUCACAGCAUACAAUUAGCCUCGAAAGUAUACAGGAUCCAAAAUGCUCGAAGAGAAAAGGUGCACCGAGGAAAUUUCGAAAGAAAAGCCCGUUGGAAUCGAACUCCAGUAAAGCAAAGUCGCGUCCGAAUUCAGUCAAGGGAAGGAGGUCGGAAGUAGGCCCAAGUAAACUAGGAAAAGUUCAACUGCUUGUACAAACAUGUGAUCAAGGAUCGUACUACAUGCAGGCACCGGUCACAUUUUCAGAACUUAUGUUGGAUGGUGCUGACGAUAACGUAUUUGCACAACAAGAAAUGUCCCCCAGUUUCUUCCCAGUAGCUCCACCAAGUGAUCUGUUGUAUAGUCAAGAUCCUCAGAAAAGUCACUCCAAUCGGACUGUUAUUGUUAAAUCUACGGAAUCAACUAGUGGUUCAACCUCUACUGGCAUUCUAAGUAUGGUGUUUACAGUGAUGCAUUUCAUAGUUUCACUUGGAAUCAUAUUAGCCAUGGAUAAGUAUUUGAAGAAGGCAUUCAUUGCAGCUGCCAUUAAGUUCCCAAGCACUCUAUUUGGAAUCUUUUAUGUAUUCGCCACUUUAAAUGUUCUUGAUUUCGUUGUCCUUGCGGCGGCAUCUGGCUUGAUGAACUUCUUUGAGCCUGCGUUUCUAUUUAUUCAGAGGUAGCUUCCAUUGUUCUAUGGACCUUUUCUGGUGGUCUUACCUCUGGCUUCUAUAUGGAACACCUUUGCAGAAGCCACUGCUCCGUUUGUUAGAUUGGGCAAAGGGCAACCGAGGCCCGAUGGUGGCUUUCAUGACUGUCGGAGGGAUUUUGUUUGUGAUUUUGGCGUCCAUUCUGUAUGGUAUAAUAAACACUCAGAAGCAAUUAUUUGGAAGAGAUCUGUAGAUAUUAUUUUGGAACACCUUUGCCGGACAAUGUUUUGUAUUUAUGUUCUUAUGACUUGAUGCUGCUAUAUACAAUUCUACCAUAUUUAUUGAAUA